AUGCGUCUUUUUACCGACCUUUUCCUACUUCUCGCCCUGUUCCUUUCCCCCGUCACAGCGAUCGGCACAUCAUGCUUCAAAGUCGUCUCCGCGCUAGUUAGCCGACCAGGCCACCUCUUCGAUAAAUUCCAGAGCGAAAUCUGCGAUGCUGGAUGCCAACCGACCGUCCCCCACUGGGAUCAAUGGACGCGCAAUAACACCUUUGUCCCCGCCGUCCGAAGCCUGAUGCAGCGCAUGAAUGUUCCCCACAAGGAAGAGGCUCUCUUGAAGAUGGGCGAUGAUGUUGCGCUCAAGAUCAAGGAAAGCUGUGGACCAAUGCUAGGUGGUGGACUACAUAUCUGCUCUGAUUCGGAGACUCUGGCUGGGUUUGGCAACUGCUUCAAGCGCAAUUUCCUCAAGGCUUCGAUCAAGCAUCUCCCUACUUUGAUCCCAAUGGCAUCGGAGGAAUCGUGCAAAGAGCAACUUACGUUUUUGGAGGGUGAUGAACUGUGGGAUAUUACGAUUCCUCAGAAUAUGAGGGAUUAUGCGAAAGUUGAUUCGGCAUCCGCCUCUCCGUUUCAUAUGGCGCACGCGACAUUUCUCCGCCCUCUGCGGCCCACCAUCCGUCCCUCAAUUUGGCGUCAACACCGAUACGCCCACUCAAGCCAAUUCCAACCCUUCGUACCCCCGUCACCAAGUUCCUUAGGGAAACCCACAGAAGCAAAGACCUACAAACGAACGAUCAAAUGGUUCCGCCGAAUCCUCUAUGUCUCGCUAGCAACAGGCGUCGUUUAUGGCAUCGAUAACCAGUUCUACGCCUCAUCGCUGACCCGAACGGCCCGGACCUUUUCCCUCGGUCUCCUCGUCGCCCUUGACUACAAAAUCAACUUCCGCCCACAUCCUCCACUGGCCAGCUCUAUUGCUGCCGUGCACGCCCGCAACGCAGAGCGUUUGUCCGAUCUGCUGAGGCAUAAUGGCGGUCUCUACCUGAAGAUUGGCCAGGCGAUUGCCAUGCAAUCAGCCAUCCUGCCCCCCGAGUUCCAGCAGAUGUUCUCCCGCAUGUUUGACGAUGCGCCCCAGAAUGACUGGAAGGAUAUUGAGAAGGUCAUCCGUGAGGAUUUUGGAAAAUCGCCUGAGGAGGUAUUCGGUAUCUCAUUUACGGGUGACCCUAACAAGGGCGUGAUGGAGCGCAGAGCCAGAGCCAGUGCCAGCGUUGCUCAGGUUCACUGGGCUCGUCUGCAGGAUGGUAGGGAGGUGGCGAUCAAGAUUCAAAAGCGGGAGAUUGUGCAGCAAUUGGUAUGGGAUCUCUGGGCUUUCAAAGUCGUGACCUUGAUCUAUAGCAAGGUGUUCGACAUCCCUUUCUACAGUCUCGUUCCCUACAUCAGUGAGAGACUAUCGCUCGAAACAGACUUCGUAAAUGAAGCAGAUAACUCAGAAAAUAUGGCCAAGCUAGUGGCCGCUGAACCUCGCCUGCGCGAUCGCGUGUAUAUUCCUCGUGUAUAUCGCGAACUGAGCUCGAAGCGCGUCAUGACUGCCGAAUGGGUAGAAGGCGUACGGCUCUGGAACAAAGACGCCAUCACACGGCCCUGGCGCGGCGGCUGGGGCCAGGGAAGUCCAGGCUGUCACGGUACACCGCUUGACCGGCCGGGGGCAGAUUCUGCGGAUCGAAACAUGCGUCCGCCGACGACCAAGCCUGAGCGUGAUUACUGGAGAGGUCGCAAUAACCGCGGCGGGCUGGGACUGUCCCUCAAGGACGUGAUGACAACCAUGGUAGACCUAUUCUCUGCCCAGAUGUUCCUAUGGGGAUACGUCCACUGCGAUCCGCACCCGGGUAACAUCUUCAUCCGCCGCAAGCCAAACGGACAGCCAGAGCUAGUUCUGAUCGACCACGGCCUGUAUAUCCACAUGGAACCGGGAUUCCGUCACCAAUACGCGCGGUUCUGGAAAGCUCUCCUCACCUUCGACAAUCGCACGCUGGGCGAGAUUGUCAAAGGAUGGGGCGUGAACAACCCCGAUUUCUUCGCGUCAGCAACAUUGAUGCGUCCCUACAGUGGCGGAGAUAUGUCUACGCAGCGCGGUCUCCAGGGACUGAGCAAGAGGGAGCGUGCAGAGCGACACUUCGAGAUGCAGCAGAAGUUACGCAAGGCGAUCCGCGAUAUGCUAGGUGAUGAAACCAAGUGGCCACAGGAGCUGAUUUUCAUCGGUCGCAAUCUGCGCAUCGUCCAAGGUAAUAACCAGUUCCUGGGCUCGCCAGUAAACCGUGUUAAGAUCACUGGUAUCUGGGCUUCGCGUGCACUUAUUGAGUCUCCGGAUCUGCCGCUGGCCGAGAAGAUCCGUAACAUCGGUCGCCAUUUGGUCUUCCGCAUGGUUCUAUUUAGUACUGAUAUAUUCUUCUAUUUCACCAAGGUGCGCCAGUUCUUACAUCUGGGUGGUGGUAUGGAGGAUGAUAUCGAAGCCCAGAUGCAGAAUAUGGCAAAGGAUAUCGGGGUUGAGCUUAACCACAGCGUCUUCGAGGGAUAG